GGAUGCACUUGUCAACAAUAGCAACAAGGGCUGUCCCAAGGUCAACAGGAGAGCAACUCGUCUGGAACAUUGCUGAAGGCUGUGGCGUGCAGGCAAUAUCGCUGGUGAGCAGCUCGACGAGAGAUUCUACAGUCGUUGGCGAGAAAGGGUGCUUAUGGAUUCUGACGUUUGCAGCAGGAUCUACACCAGCACCGCUCAUGGUAAAAAUCGGGGCCACUCGCGGCCGAUCUAGGCGGCUCGCAACCCCCCUUCCUCGUUGGUCAAGUCGUUGGGGGUGUGCGGGUGGUGAUGACGGCGGUGAUGCGUCAGGCGAGGUCCUACUCCUCUCUCGUACAGUACGUGAGGACUCUGGAGACAUCAGUGGUGAUGCCGGUGGUGGAGGCGCCGUGGAUUGCCGUGCUGAAGUCGCCGACGAUGGUGGCCAUACAACGGCGGUUCUACUGCUGCCACCACCGCCAACGAGUGUUGGCUUGUUCCCUUCACGGAUCUCGCUGUCGGCGGCGGCGGGCGUUGAAGCGAUAGUUUUGCUACUGCAAGUGCUUCCGCCGUCGCUGCACGGCAAGCGCUUCCCGCUUGCCUUGCCGAACUUGGCCGCAAGGUUUCGAACACUAAUGCCAGUCUUUCGGAGCUCGUUGCCGCUGUAGACACUGUUACCGUUGCCGUUGUCGCCACUGCCACGGUCACCUUGGGGACUGCGAUCGUUACCCCUUGACGUCUUCGUGCUAAGCCCCCCUGCUGCUUCGGGGGUGGGGCGUGACCGUUCCCAUG